AUGGCUAUUUUUAUGCCCGUUCGCGUGCUCUCGAUCAAUCGCUUUAUGGCCGUCUCUUUCAAUGAAGUCUAUUUUAAGAAAAGAAGUCGCUUCGUGUGGCUUCAAGCCGGAUUCGCGGUGAUCGGUGGCUUUGCUGCUAAUUAUUUUGGGACCUGGAUUCGAGGAGAUCAAGAUCUUUUGUAUAUCUCGUUGGCUCCUUCACUUGAUCUUUUACAAAGUGCCCAUGCGCAAAUCGAAACAGCUCAGAAACAAGGAGCGAAUUCUGAUCAUACAGGCAACUCG